GGUGGCGGUAAGGCCCCUACUAACCGUUUUCUGUAGCGGCACCAGGCGGAUUUGACGUCUGCCGGUAUGAAACCAUGGUGGAGCAGGCUGAAAUCCGCGUGGUUCACCAGGGAGGCAGUAAAAUAACCUUCAGGGAGCCGGUUAUAAGCUCCGACUCCAGGUUCCUUCUCUGCGCCUCCGGACACAAUGUGAAGGUGUUCAGUACCGCCACCGAGGAGUGUGUCCAGGAGCUGCGGGGGCACACAGACCUGGUGACCGGUGUGCUGCUCAGACCUUCCAACCAUCUGCAGGUCUACUCCUGCUCAGCAGAUGGCACUGUCAGACUUUGGGACUUCACAGAUGGAAUUCUCAUAAAGACUUAUGUCAUCGGAUAUCCCAUCUGCUCCAUCUACGCUUCAGCGAGCCACGAUGGGGUCGUCUUUAUUGUUAUGCCCACACAAAGGGACAAAAGAUCUGAUGUAUUCAAGCUGGUUGCCGUCCAUCUUCCUCAGUGUGCCGAUCAGCUGGUGGAGACCACAGACGUCUCUGCGGUGCUCAGUGAUGUCAGCUCCAACCCUGUAGCCGUCGCCUUCGGCAGAUCGGGAGAGUAUCUGGCUUCAGCUAAAGGUUUGCAGAUGGAGAUCUACUUCUUCAAGAAGCAAAAGUCAUACAGGUUCUUCUUGAAAGAAGACCAGAAGAACGGAGGCAGGAACACGUUUACAUGCGUCGCCUGUCACCCGAAAGACGACUGUGUCGCUACGGGACACGAGGAUGGGAAAAUCCGGCUGUGGAGAAACUUCAACCAUAAGAAGGAGUACACCUACUCCACCCUGCACUGGCACCACAGCGCUGUGAGCUCGCUCUGCUUCACUCCUGAAGGCACCAACCUGCUGAGCGGAGGCGUGGAGUCGGUGCUGGUCCAAUGGAGAUACGGGCAGGAGAGCCAGCGGGACUUCCUGCCCCGCCUCGGAGCCGCCAUCACCAACAUCGCUGUCUCACCAGACGGGGCGCUGUUCUGCACAUCCCACAGCGACAACAAAAUCACAAUCAUCCAGAGUUGUGUGAAAGUGUCGUCCAUCAUUCAGGGUCUGGUCAAAGGUGAAAACGUCCGAACGGACCUCAUGGUGGACCCUCGGAGCAAAGCUUUGGUUCUGAAUGGAAAACCGGGACACCUUCAGUUUUAUUCCCUCCAAAGAGACAAACUUCUUUUCAACCUGGACAUCGUGCAGCAGGAGUACAUCCACGAGUCGGGUCUGGAGCAGUUUGAGGUGGUCAAAGCAGCGUUCGACAGCUCUGGCAGCUGGUUGGCAACGGUGGAAGAAAGAAACCCAAAAGCUGCAGAGGUGGAGGUCAACCUAAAGCUGUGGGCGUUAGAUGAACAGACUCAGAGUUUUGUGCUGAACACGACCAUCUCUGCUCCCCACGAGGCCCGGAUUACAGCCAUGUGCUUCGACCAGGCGGCCAGCAGCCGGACCACCAUGCUGCUCUCCUGCAGCAGAGACGGACACUUCAAAGCCUGGCAGCUGGCGCUGCCAGCCCACACAGAUGACGAAGGUCCUUCCUGGUCAUGUGAUUUUGUCGGUGCCUAUCACAACCUGGUUCCUGAAUGCUGCUGUUUCUCAGCCGACGGCUCGCUGCUGGCCGUCGGCUUCCAGGAGGUGGUGACCCUCUGGAGCCCGAGCUCCUGGGAGCUCCUGGUAACCCUGUCGCAGCCGCCGGGAGACAUCAGGGAUCUCUGUUUUGGGCGUCUGAGCUGCUCCAAGUAUCUCCUGGGAAGCACCACCAACAAGCUGCUCUGCUGCUGGAACCUCCUCACCUGCUCCUUGGAGUGGAGCACGUCCACGGACGUCAGCCUGCUGCUGGCCGACCCACUCUCUGAGAACAUGGCUGCCUUCUGCCUUCAGGACAGAUCCACCGACUUGUUUGUCUUCAAGCCCAGCGAGCCUCGGCCGCUGUUCUCCCAGAAGGCCGUGUGCUCGGGGCGGGUGAACCGUGCCGUCUUCGCCCCGAGGGAGGCGAUGUUGGAGAGCUGCGAGGAGGGCAGCCAGUGGCUGAACCGGUCCCAGCUUUACUUCCUCACACAGCACAUGGACCUUCUGACCUUCUCCACCAAAGCAGAAGAGGAAAGGCUGAUGGCUUCAAGCAAGCAGCUUGUGAUUGACGACAGUGUUGCCAUGACGCCGUUUUACCUGUUGCUGGGGAAACAUCGACACCAACAACCUGAAACCGAGGAGCAGGCCAGCGGUCCGUCUGCUGAGAGACCCGCUGUGCCUCAGAACUCUGCAGCAGUCAGAGAGCUUCUGCAGACCCCGGCCCACGUCCUCCCUUCUACAUCUUUCCUCUGCUCCAUGUUCGUGCAGUCUCUGCUCAUCUCCGUCACAGACACCAGGGAGGAAAACAAUCUCUCCGAGGAGGAAAUGGACCGCGAGAAAGAAGAAGAAGAAGCUUCUGAUGAGGAAAUGGAACCCAGAGUCACGAGACCAGAGGAUGCUUUGUCAGACAGGCCAGAGAUGGAGAGUGUGGCCCCAGCCUUAACCAAAGCCCAGGUUAGGGAACUGAGGAGGGUUAGGAAACUGGACCACAGCUGGCUCGCAGGCCUGCUGGACUCCUGAAAAUCAAACUGGUCCCAGUACUCCAGUCAACUGGGUUUUCUUCCAUGAAACUGAAGCUCAUUCAGGAAGUAAGGAAGGAAAAAAACAACAGGAAACUGGUUACAGAACCAAUGUUUGGACACACCUCCACAGCUUUUGCAGAACCUAGACGUGUGUUGCACAGUUUUCCUGGUUUAAACCGUCAGAAUCUCCAAAUGUUUCUGACCCGUUUCUGGAAUUAUUUCUGGAGUUUUUAACCGUGUUGGAAAAUAAAUCUGAGUUUCCCUCCUGAGCGUUCUUCCUCUUUGCCUCAUGACCAUUUGCCCUUUUGGAUCGGUUCCAUCAGUCAGUUUUACUCCUUUGGUUCUGAUCCUUCUCCAGGUGUCCACCAGCUGAUGUUUGAUAAUGUAACUUUUCAUAGAGCCUAACUUUAUUUAAUGACACCUGGAAAUAAUAAAAUGAAUUAAUCCUC